AUGGCGUCAAGCUACCAAGACCAACAUUUAUUAUUUUCCCCACAACCAUCGCCGACGCAGCGUAAACGCCACUCGAUCACAUCACUCAUAUCAGCAGGCGAUCGCAUCAGCUUGUCGUCACGACCCGCAUCUAUCUUCCGUUCUCAACCCGGGUCACCUGUUUUUGCGGCUCUCUUGAAGGACGGACAGCUGUACGACGAAGAAGAUGGUGAUGUGGACCCGUAUUGGCUAGACGAUCCACUACAACCCACACGACAGCAACAAGAACGAUGGGUGGUCAAACCAGAGCUCGUACAGAUAGCAAUGGAUGAUGGAUGCGGAGACGGGGCGUGGGCUACAGAAGUUGCGCUGGAGUAUCCAAGAUGGAGGGUCGUCGGCAUGGACGAUCGGCUAGGCGGCACUUGUCCUAACCGUCGUAUGGUGCCUCGAAACUUUAAAUUCAUCCGCUGCUAUGAGUCGCUGCUGGAAGGCCUGAAAAACAUGCCUGACGAUUCAUUCGACCUGGUCCACUGCCGCUUCCUGCUCCUGUCAUUUCCUGCGGACCAGUACCAGGAGCUUGUGCGGCAAUGCUGGCGCGUCUGCAAGCCAGGGGGCUUUGUUGAGCUGCUAGAGAUGGAUAUGCGUAUUUAUUAUGACCGCCCCUUGGUGGGCAAGGUCACGCAAACAUUCAACUCGGAAGUCAUUCAUGUGAUCGAAUCCAAGUCAUUGGACCCGCGUCUCGCCAGACAGCUCAAGGACGUUUUCGGCAAAUUGACCCGACCCGAUGACGACGUAGAGAAAAACUAUCGCAUUCUUUACCAUGGCAAUUAUGCGUCCUUGCCACUAGGCAUCUGGGGUGGUCGCAUCGGGGUCAUGUUUCGUGAUGAUUUGCGCGAGCUCUUUGAGCAGUUCCAGCCUGCGGUUGCUGCAAAUAACCAGACGCAGACACGGACCGAACUUGAGUUGGAAUCGGCAUUCGAGACGAUGGAUGCUGAAAUGGAUCUACAACGAGCAUUCAUGAACCUUCACUUUGCAUAUGCCCAAAAGGUCGAGCGCGUGUAA